AUGAAUUUGUCGGCCGAGCUCCAAAAGAGAAGCAUUUGCAGAAGCAGCAGCAAUGGUGCUAGAAACAGUCUUAGUUGGCAAACUCCAGAAGAAAUCGAGACUUUCGCCCAGGUCACCCGAAUUCAAGUUGGCUGCCAUAGCUAUGUUCCAAGAAGUGGAAUCUUUAUUAGCACCCAUCAUCUCAAAGAAUCUCUUCACAUAAUUACAAGUCCCGAACUUGGCAUAAAGAUCAAGAACGGCGUUUUCCAGAGCCACGUCUGUUUGAAUUCCGUUCCUGAUUAUCCAGCCAUGAAUGGCUUUCCCCAUGGAAAGCCCAAUCGUCUUCGUUGUUUCAUCAGGAUCUUCGUUUACUCUCCAAAAUUCGCGGCUUACUCACUACUCAAGCAAAAGUAUCAUCAAUACAUAGCUGACAUAAUGAUGCUCAUAGACGUAGUCUGUAGGAACAACUGGAAACGACUACAGUUGCGUGAACGACUUUCAGCGACGAGGAGUUUUGCAGACGAACAAAACUCUGAACAGAACACCGAACCUGGAAUGAUGCAUGGUCGAAAUUCAGAGUAA